GAGACCCAACAGCUUCGCAUCUGUUAGUCUUCAUCCUACAGCUUGGCAGAAUAUUGUUAAAGACAUAAGUAACCAUGAGGGUUGAGACGUGCCACUUCUGCUCACGGCCAGUCUACCCGUCCAAAGGUAUCACUUUUGUCCGCAAUGAUGCGCGGCAAUUCCGAUUCUGCCGCUCGAAAUGUCACAAGAACUUUAAGAUGAAGCGCCAACCUCGCAAGCUCAAAUGGACCAAGACCCACCGUGCCGCACGCGGCAAGGAGAUGAUUGUCGACUCGUCUCUCCUGCUCUCCCAGUUCGCCAAGAAGAGGAACGUUCCCGUCAAGUACGACCGGAAUCUUGUUGCGGCUACUAUCAAUGCUAUGCAGAGAGUGGAGGAAAUUAGGCAGCGCAGAGAGAGGGUAUUCACGAAGCGCCGGUUGGCUGGCAAGCUUGCUCGCGAUCGCAAGCGCGAGGAAGACCGGAAGGUUGUGGCCGAGGGCGAGCAUCUCAUUCGCAAGGAGCUGCGGGAAAGAGAAGAGGGGCAGCCGCUGGUGGCCGAACAGAGCAAAGUCGCUUCCAGAGUACACGGCGAGGAGAGGCUCAGACAGAAGAAGAAGACACGGUUGCUGGUGGACGGUGGCACUCAGGAGGAGAUGGAUAUCGAUUAAAAUUUAUUCGACAAGCUUUUCCUUUCUUUUGUUUCCGGGUCUCUAUUCAGAUACGACAUUUUCGCGGUCAUAGGACGGGAGUUUGGUUCUAUUUAUGAUUAUCCGGUUUGCCUUUCCUACUAAAAGGAAUAAAUUUGCUGCAUUCACUUUUGAAGUUGAUGCAUAUAUUAUAUUCCCUUCUAUUCCAUGAUUCUGGUCUUCUUGUAUUUCCUUCCCACUCUCACCAACCCUCCAUUGCCUUGGUGAGUGGUCAAAUCCAAUGUCUCCCAUAUUGCAUGUUGGCUGGAACCUCAUUCACUGGAGCAUUGCAUCUGUCCAGGUUCUCGCUAGAUGCUUUCUGAACAUUAACUGGUGCCCCUCUUUGCGGGUAUUUCCUGCAAUCGGACGUUAACCAUGUCGAGGAUUCACUAGAAAUCCACUCAAGUCCUUUUUUCUUCUAUUUAAUCCCCCUGCCUGCCCUUCUCUCUCUUCCUGCUCCCUUCAAUACAUACAACAUACAGCUCGUCUUCGCUCCCUCAACUUGCCAGAACAAUCUACUCGCUUCUCC